UACAUAGAAGGGCACUUAAUGCCUUCUUUUUUCUCUCAAUUCUCUUCUCUAACUGCUAGAUCUAUAUAAUUUAAUCCACAAUGCUUCUCUGAUUCCUCAAAGUUCGUAGAAGCGAGAAUUCCUUGGUGAGGUGAAAAUGUCGUCGAGAAGAGGAUCAAAACUGAAGAAAUUUGGUUCAAGCAACUCAAAAGCUAUAAAUUCAACUUCAUCUUCAACAACUUCAUCAUCUAAACAAUUUCUGGAAACAUCAAUCGAUUGCCAGAGCUCACCGGCAUCUUCAUCAGCUCGAAGCAAGCCGCAGUAUAUUUACUCUGAGAAUUUGCAUGUGGAUGCCGACCAAUCCAAGGAAAAUGUCACCGUCACCGUUAGGUUCCGUCCUCUUAGUCCGAGGGAAAUUCGUCUAGGCGAGGAGAUUGCUUGGUAUGCGGAUGGGGAGACUAUUGUUAGAAAUGAACAUAAUCCAUCCAUAGCAUAUGCGUAUGAUCGAGUUUUUGGCCCAACAACUACUACACGCCAUGUUUAUGAUGUUGCUGCUCAGCAUGUUGUCAGUGGUUCCAUGGAAGGCAUCAAUGGCACCAUAUUUGCUUAUGGAGUGACAAGUAGUGGGAAGACUCAUACGAUGCAUGGCAAUCAGAGGUCCCCUGGAAUUAUACCAUUGGCGGUGAAAGAUGCCUUUAGCAUUAUUCAGGAGACACCGAACCGGGAGUUUCUUCUUCGUGUUUCUUACCUGGAGAUCUAUAAUGAGGUUGUUAAUGACUUGCUAAAUCCAGCUGGACAAAACUUGAGAAUUAGAGAAGAUCCUCAGGGAACCUUUGUUGAAGGAAUAAAGGAAGAAGUUGUACUAUCACCUGCUCAUGCCCUUUCUCUUAUAGCGGCCGGGGAAGAACACAGACAUGUAGGGUCAACAAACUUCAACUUACUCAGCAGCAGGAGCCAUACAAUAUUUACACUGACAAUAGAGAGCAGUCCAUGUGGUGAAAAUAGUGAAGGUGAAGCAGUAAAUCUCUCACAGCUGAACCUCAUUGAUCUGGCUGGUUCAGAGAGCUCAAAGGCUGAAACAACUGGCGUCAGACGGAAAGAGGGAUCUUAUAUCAACAAAAGUUUGCUAACACUAGGAACUGUUAUAUCUAAACUGACAGAUGGGAAAGCCACUCAUAUACCAUAUAGGGAUUCUAAGCUGACCAGGCUGCUUCAGUCUUCCUUAAGUGGUCAUGGGCGUGUAUCUCUCAUUUGCACUGUCACUCCAUCAUCAAGUAACACAGAAGAGACGCACAAUACACUGAAGUUCGCUCACCGUACUAAACACAUUGAAAUCCAAGCGGCACAAAACAAGAUUAUUGAUGAGAAAUCACUUAUCAAAAAAUACCAAAAUGAGAUACGCUCCUUGAAGGAAGAGUUAGAACAAUUGAAGCGAGGUAUCGUAACAAUUCCCCAACUAACAGAUAUCAGUGAAGAUGAUAUUGUACUCUUAAAGCAGAAGCUAGAAGAUGGUCAAGUCAAGCUGCAAUCAAGGUUGGAGCAAGAAGAAGAAGCGAAGGCAGCUUUAUUGAGCAGAAUACAGCGAUUGACAAAAUUGAUUCUUGUUUCCACAAAAGCUUCACAAUCAUCAAGAUUUCCCCAGCGCCCUGGUCCAAGGAGGAGACAUUCAUUUGGAGAAGAAGAGCUCGCAUAUCUACCACAUAGAAGGCGAGACUUGAUCCUGGAUGAUGAGAAUGUUGAGUUGUAUGUUUCCCUCGAAGAGAAUGCUGGAGAUGAUACGCUUAAAGAGGAGAAAACCGCCCGAAAGCAUGGCUUGCUAAACUGGCUUAAGCUCCGAAAACGUGAUAAUGGUACGGGGACAUUGACGAGUGUCAGCGACAAGUCAAGUGGCAUUAAAUCUAAUAGUACACCUUCUACUCCUCAAGCAGGAAGCAACAACUUCAAUGCAGAAUCUAGGCUUUCCCAAUCCAUAGUUACAGCAAGUUCUCCAGCCAUGGAUAUCCUAUUGGAUGCUAGACAUGGUAGAGAAGAUCCGGAGGACAAUUCCCUUGGACCAGAGACACCUUUGGCUAGCAUCAAAACAAUUGAUCAGAUCGAUCUACUAAGGGAGCAGCAGAAGAUUUUGUCUGGAGAGGUAGCACUUCAUUCAAGCGCCCUAAAGCGAUUGUCUGAGGAAGCAGCAAGAAACCCCCAGAAUGAACAACAGAUUAUGGUUGAGAUGAAAAAGCUGAGUGAUGAAAUAAGGAGAAAGAAUGAACAAAUCGUUUUACUAGAAAAGCAAAUUGCUGAAUCCAUCUUGGUUUCCCCCGACAAGAUGGAGAAAUCGGAAAUAUCUCAAUCCAUUGCUGAAUUGAUGGCGCAAUUAAAUGAGAAAUCCUUUGAACUUGAGGUUAAAGCUGCAGACAACCGAAUAAUCCAAGAGCAGCUGAACCUGAAGAUUUGUGCAUGCGAAGGAUUGCAAGAAACAGUUACCUCCUUAAAGCAGCAGCUCUCUGAUGCACUAGAAUUGCAAAAUGUCAGUCCUAUAGCCCCUGAUUCUCAACAAUCCGGAGAAAUGAAAGGCCUGCUGAUGGAAAAGGAAGUCGCAGCAUCAAAAAAGGAUAAUGAUGGAGAUUUGCUCAUCAAAGCACAGGUGGUUGAAAUUGAAGAACUGAAGCAGAAAGUUGUGGAACUAACGGAGUCGAAAGAGCAGUUGGAACUGCGAAACCAGAAACUGGCAGAGGAGAGUUCAUAUGCUAAAGGGCUAGCCUCAGCUGCUGCUGUGGAACUAAAGGCAUUGUCAGACGAAGUCACUAAACUAAUGAAUCAAAACGAGAGACUAGCUUCUGAACUGGAAGCAGCCAAGAACUCCCCGACACAACGUCGAACAAGUACAGUGCGGAACAAUAGCCGAAGGGAGAGCCUGACCAAACGAAAUGACCAACUUGGAUCACCCUCGGAUCUAAAGAAGGAAUUGGCCAUGAGUAAAGAACGAGAGCUUUCGUAUGAAGCUGCUCUUAUGGAGAGGGAUCAACGAGAGGUUGAGCUUCAAAGAAAAGUCGAAGAAUCGAAGCAACGAGAAGCUUAUCUCGAAAAUGAACUCGCAAACAUGUGGAUGCUUGUUGCCAAAUUGAAGAAAUCCAACGGAGUGGAUACUGUUGUUACGGGAUCGUCGUAAGAGAAACAUGAGGUAAGUCUAGGAACGAUGGUCGAUGUGGUUCGAAAUAAGUCGGGAUUUGGUUAGGGAUGGCUCGGGAGAGCAUCGUCCAGAGAAUGUUGUUGUGCAUUACAAACGGGGGUGCAUUGUGUAUUCCACGAGUUUUACUUCAAUCUUUGUUCGAAUUUAUUUGAGUUCCCAUUGGUUAGGGCAUUGUAUAUGAAACGCUUCCCCUGUGCAUUAUUAUUAGUAGUUUGAAGGCAAUGAAGCUCUCAACCUUUAGUUUUGUUUUC